AUGGAGCUCACUGUAAUGUCUACUCGCCGUUUGUACCAAAACAAAUUAUCCAAGGACGAUUAUUUUGACAAAAUGGUGAUAGACUCUUUGGAUCUCGACGAGAAAAGAUUGGCAGCAUUAGAUCACCUUGAAGCCCAGAAAAGAAGGGUUAAAAGAGCAUACAAUAAGCGGGUAAAACCGAAGUCAUUUACAAUAGGCGAUAUGGUAUGGAAGGCGAUUUUACCUAUCGGCCAUAAAGACAAGAGACUUGGUAAAUGGAGCCCGAACUGGGAAGGUCCGUUUAUCGUAACUACAAAGUUGACAGGCGAUGCAUAUGUCCUGGCGAAUAUUGACGGCGAGGAACAUGACAGGGCAAUCAAUGGACAGUUUCUCAAGAAAUAUAUUCCCAACUGUUGGGAAAACAUCGACCGACGGCUAUUUGGAGCCGACGAAGAAUGUAGCCCGCCACGAGCAUUUGCCGAACGUCCUAAGUUGAUAAGUGUUUUUAGUGUAAAACAUUUAACGUUCGGCCAAGAAAAUUUAUAA